ACGGAAAGAAUAUGUCGAGUCCGCAGCAUCUUUCCUCUGUAUGACUGCCAGUCAAAGUACCCACAACCAGAGAUUGGAGGACUCUGAAUGCCAACCUCGCACCAUUGUUUGAUUGGAUAUGUGCGACGAUGGCCUUCUACAAAGUUUAAACAAGCUCAAACACGAUGCAGACUUCGACGUUGCAUUGCUAGCACAAAGCGCAUCGACUGCCAUCGCUUGCCGCACUAUCCAAGAUCUCCACAUCAGCGGAAGCAAUCCAUCCAACAAUAAGCAACAAAAGGCUCCAGUUGAAUGGAAACCAGGUGCAUUCAGAGUUCUCCGUCUCUUGCUGCUCAAUCACAAUUCAGGGGCUGGGGGCGAAAAUACCACUCAUUCUCAUUUCGAUUUAAAGGGCAGUUCAAUUGAGGAAUCAGUCAAUGACCACAAAAAUCACAACAAGGAAGACUUCCCGGCGAAGAUGAUGGUGUACGAUGCUUCUCUGGCAGCCCUCAAUCAAUUCAUUGACUUCAUGACGAUGCCUGGCGGACAUGCAAUGUCCAAUUCUGAAGUCGAGCUGGUCUCUGAAGUUGUAUUCAUUGCUUUGGAUCCGUGGAUAAAUCCCAAGCCCGAAGAUCAGUCUGUACACGUAGAAGCUACGGUCAAGGCUGACACAACAUUGAAUCGCUACAUUAGAGAAAAGACAAAGGACCAGUUUUCGUAUUUCGUCGGCAAAAUGUUUCCCAAGGCGAACGUCAGUGAUGGUACACCACCUACGCAGCCACCAUCAAAAUCUCCCUAUCUCAACACCGACACAAGUAAACUUCUCAAGGACGUAUGCAAGUGGUUGGACAUAAGUUUACAUGACGAUAAUAUGUACAACCCCGCCCCUAAGAGCACUUCGAGCUGAGUAUUUAGUGGGCCCUAGGUCACAAUAUCCCCAAUAUUGCAUAUUUAUUUCCAUCCUUGGGAUUGCUAUGAUAUUAUGAAUAGUAGGAUGCUUGAUAGUACUCAAUAUGAUCAAGUUACAUUACAGAAGUGACUGCUUUCUUUAACGUGUUACGUACGAUGCCAUAUGUUCUAGACUUACGUGCGGUCUCAGAGAAAAUGUUCAUUCAGGACAGUAUUUAGAACAAAGUUACAGGUGAGAC